AUCUGCAACGAGGUGAUGACCGAAAGGGGGCAGCAGCGCGCCCAUGCAGCGUCUAGUCUGCCGGAAAUAAAGAAGACGAAGAAGAAUAUCGACGCAGUUAACUCAGGCAGAUCUGCUGGUGACAACAUAGGGACAACGACUGAACUCGGUGACAGCAGGGAUGGUUCUGCUCCUUGCUCCCCACCUCCACCAGCAUCGCCUCCUCCUCCUCUCCCUCACGUCCUCCCUUCUCCACGCCACCCCCCUCCUAUUCCUCCCUCUCCUCCCCUGUCAGUCCUGACUCCUCCUCCCCGACGAGGAAGGCUGAGUUUUGCGGGAGCCAUGGUGGACGUCAGUAAGUGGCCCCUGUUCUGUCUGCUGAGCAACGAGGAACUAGCCACGGUCCGACAGGCCUGUGUUUUCGGGACUUCUGCUAACGAAGCUAUCUACAUCACACAUGGCAAUGAGGUAUUUGUGUUUGGGUUGAACUGCAGUAGCUGCCUCGGUACAGGAGACAAUCUGAGCACCAUUGUGCCAAAGAAACUGGACUUCCUGCGGGGGAAGAAGGUAGUCAGCCUGAGCUAUGGCAGCGGGCCACAUGUCGUAUUGGCUACUGAGGAUGGACAGAUUUUUGCAUGGGGACACAAUGGCUACAGUCAGCUGGGGAAUGGGACUACCAACCAGGGACUGUCCCCGGUGCUGGUCACCGCUAUCCUACAGAACAAGAAAGUGAAAGAGGUGUCAUGUGGUUCACAUCACUCCAUGGCCCUCACUCAGGACGGAGAGGUCUAUGCAUGGGGUUAUAAUAACUGCGGUCAGAUCGGCUCAGGCUCCACAGCCAACCAGCCCUACCCGAGGAAAGUCACCAGCUGCCUGCAGGGCAAGAACGCAGUUGGCAUCACAUGCGGACAGACGUCCUCCAUGGCUGUGGUGGACAAUGGAGAGGUUUAUGGGUGGGGUUACAAUGGAAAUGGACAGCUGGGUAUUGGCAACAAUGGAAACCAGCUGACGCCUUGCCGCCUCUCUGCCCUGCAAGGGCUGUGUAUUCAACAGGUCGUAUCGGGCUACGGUCACUGCCUGGCGCUAACAGACGAAGGGCUGCUGUACGCCUGGGGAGCAAACACCUACGGUCAACUGGGAACUGGCAACAAAAGCAACAGUCUCACGCCAGUACAAAUCAUGGCUGACAAAGAGAGGAUUGUAGAGGUGGCAGCAUGCCAUUCAACACAUACUUCAGCAGCCAAGACCCAAAGUGGGCAGGUGUACAUGUGGGGUCAGUGUCGGGGCCAAUCCAUCGUCCUGCCGCACCUAACGCACUUCACCAACACUGACGACGUCUUCGCCUGCUUCGCCACACCCUCUGUCAUGUGGAGGCUUAUGUCCAUGGAGCAUGAUGACUUCCUGACUGUUUCCGAGGCUCUGAGGAAAGAGUUCGACAGUCCAGAAACGGCCGACCUCAAGUUCAGCGUCGACGGCAAAUGCAUCCACGUUCACAAGGCUGUGCUGAAGAUCAGGUGUGAGCAUUUCCGCUCAAUGUUUCGCUCUCAAUGGACGGAGGAUCAGCAGGACGUGAUAGAGAUCGGCCAGUUCUCUUACCCCGUCUACCGAUCCUUCCUGCAGUUUCUCUACACAGACACUGUUGACCUUCCACCGGAGGACGCCAUCGGCCUGUUGGACCUCGCCACCUCUUACUGUGAAAACCGCCUGAAACGUCUGUGUCAACAGAUCAUCAAGAGAGGCAUCACUGUCGAAAACGCCUUCACCCUGCUGUCUGCCGCCAUCCGAUACGACGCAGAGGACCUGGAAGAGUUUUGUUUCAGGUUUUGUGUAAACCACCUGACUCAGGUGACUCAGACUGGAGCCUUCUGGCAGGUCGACGGAGCGAUGCUCAAGGAGUUUAUCAGCAGGGCUAGCCGCUGCGGAGCGUUCAAGAACUGAGUGGUAAUCUUCCAUUUUUACCAUGUAUGAACUAUAUUCUGACCAUGUGGAUGUGGUUUGUGCUCCAUGUGUAGCAGCAAGGUGCGUCACUGCUACAUAAAUAGCAGCUCUGAUUACAUUCCUAAGAGAAAUUCUUGAAUUGUUGCUUUACAUGUUUACUGAGGCACACGUCGACACAUGAGCAGCCUCAGAAAGGAUGACAUCACUCACACAAUGUCGGACUUGAAUUUAAGCUGCGUUAUCCGUGGAUCUGAUAUCGGCACUUUGGCCAAUUCCUGUGGAGUCACUGACAAGCACUGUUAAGUGUAAAAAAAAAAAUGAAACACAGCACCUUUUCUGUCGCACUUGAAUUUUUCUUUGUUUUCUUGGCCAGUGCUUGAAACUUUUCCAUCACUCUCUGGGAAAGUCUCUGUGUGAGACCAAAGACCUGGAGUCCACAUCUCUUUUGGAGACAUGUAACUGGUGUUAAAAGACAUUAGAUAAAUGACUUACACUGGCCAGGACAGAAGUACCACUAGACUGAAACACAUCUCUGAGUUACGUUUACUCCCCAUUUCAAUCGUUUUCAUUUUGCAGCUUAGGUAGAAGUAGCUCUUGGGUGUGUUAAAUUUAGCUUGACUCUUGAAGUUAUUGAGUUGAUAGAGGUGUCAUAACAUACACAGUUGAUUCAGAUCCCGCUGUGGGUUGUUAUGCAUCACCUGGUUGGUUAUUUUAAUUGUGCUCUUGGCUAGUAUUCUGUACAUUUUGGAGGUUUAAAACCAAAUAUUUUAUGUUUUUAUACUCAAGUCUUUUGACAAGUUAAUUCCACUAUGCUUAAAGGCACUUUUAAGAAACUACAGUUGCUCUCUUCUUCACAUGCAGUUAAACAGUAAUAGUUGAAAUAAUUUAAAACACUGAGGAAGGGAAGACCAGAAAGGUGAGUUAAAUGUCGCACUAGAAAUUUUACAAAAGCAACAGUCAAAACAUUUUGAAGCACUUUCACAUUACUAGCCACGUUUUUUCCUUUCAUUGCAAGUGUGAAAGUUAUAAAAUGUAUCUAAGGCAGAUGGUUUGUUACAGAGGCUUUAUAUUCCAAGUUUUACACUGGGACCUUCGACAAACUGAUCCAAUGUGACUAUUUUCAUCUACAUGGGUUUGCUAAUGUUAUUGAGGCAAAUGCAAGGAAAAAACAGGCAAAGCAGGAAACCUAAUAUGACCAAAAUGACUAGUUAAUGCAGAGAGGAAGGUUGGAUUUUAAGUCAAGCAGCAGUUUUUAUAGGUUUUUUUCUCUAAAUACAGUGAAAAUGCACUGCGCUGAAACUGCACUAAAGGAAUAAGAACACUUAAAAAUUCUCAGCAGGAAAAAAAAGUUUAUAUUGUGUUUGCUUGAGUCUAAAAUGACCAAAUCUACCUAGUUUUAGCUUUGUGCUGCAUCACUAGGUGUUUAAGUAUUUAUACUGGUGCAGGAAAAUGUUACAGAGUAGAUAAGAGGGUUAGAGUGUUAUUGACCAGGUGAGCUGGCAGUGUGAAUGGCGAGAUCAGUUUCCAUUUCCUUUGUUAGGUUUCUAUUUCUUGAUGCACUCAGAUGCUCAUAAAAACUUUUUUUUUUAAAUUUGUUUUGAACUUGAGUUGGACCUCUGCUCAAUCAUACAGCACAGUUUUAUUCAGGUUAUAAAACAAUUGGAGACUCAUUGAUUGAGGUUUCUGUUUCUGUGACACUUAACUGCUUUAGUAGAAUGAGGAGUAGGCUUACAGUGUUCUUGUUUUAAAUGAAAAAUAACAAGCAAACUGGAAAAAAACAAGAUUUUUUUGCUUACUGUAUUAAAAUAAAUACAUAUUUUCAUUAUGCUUUCUUAAGCUUUUAUGUACAUAGGACACAUUUAUAAAACUGCUGGUAACAUGCUUUAAAUUAAACUUAUGGUAUAUGGUAAUGGUUCACUUUGAGGUGAUCAGCAUUGCAAUGUUGGGAUUUCUAUGACGAUUUUCUUGCUGUUACAUAAACUGCAACAUGUUAUUUUACUGUUGUUUUUUAUAUUUAGUUAAUGGAUGACACAUUUCUGUGAAGAAAUAAAUAAGUCCAAACUCUGA